GCACAUGCCGGUGCCUCGCACUUCCAGUUUAGGUAAAUGAACACGGUGGCUCCCUGCCACCCUAAGGUUGGCUCGCAGCAUGCCUCCAUUUUCCCUGGUGUUCCUAGCGGCAUUGCUCUGCCUGCACGAGUGUGAGUGCACUAAAGCGACUCAAGUUAUGAACUGGUGUGGAAAGAAGCUGAAUCCCAUUCAACUAGCCAAAUCAGCGAAGUUCGCCGCAGACCUGUUUGCGUCUUGCAGGGAGCAACUAAAGAUGCUUGGAGUGGAGCCGACUAUCGUUAAGGAAAUAAAAAGAGCGUGCGUCGUCAUCCGCAUCUGCUACGCCUAUGUGGACGAUCUCAAAGAAAGCGACGAAUUUCACACUGCGUUUCCGAACUGUGUCAAAAAGCUCUUUCAAGGCAUGGAGACGGCGUCUAAAAGUAUGGCCACAGACUACCACGUGAACAUCAGCACUAUUAUCGACGAAGUGAAGAAAUGCCAGCCGAAGAACAUGCCAAAAGACGAGGCCUACUUGCUGGGAAUGCUGGCAUGGUUUGGAGACUUUGUAAAAGCAUAAGAAGGAUCCAGGCGGCGACAAUACUUCUUGAUGUAAAUCAAGAAAAAAAACGGAUGGACAGGAUAACUCAUGCAAAUAGAAGGUUGCUGUUAUCAUGAAGAAUGAAUGGAAACUAAUCUGA